AUGGCUCGGUGGUGCACCGUUGAAUUCUUUUUGUGGUAUGCGAUACUUUUCAUAGGUUUUUGCUGGAAGCUUCCCAAUGCUGCUGCAGAACUCGCAGAGAUGUGCAAACACGAAAGAAGGUGUGCGUCCUACCUUCAUGCCUCCUAUUUCUGGCCUGAGCACCCGAUGGACCUCUCCGACAUUCAAUGGAGGGAGUUCCGAAAGGUGAUGCCACUCUUGACCUUGGCUGCGAUUGGCCACAUCUUGGCACGUGCUGCCCUAGGCCGUCGAAGGAUUUGGCCAUGUUUGCUGCUUUCAGGUGCUUUUGUCGCCUAUGUGCAUGGUGCCCACACAGUCUUUAUUAUUGCAGCUUGCUGUGGUUCCUUCGGGAUUGCUAAAGUGUGUGGAGUCUCGCGAUGGGCACCGUGGGCAGCGUGGGCCUAUGGUCUUUUUCUUAUUGUGCUCAAGCUUUGCGAGGUCAUCGUCUCGACAUGUUUGUCUCGCAAGCAAACACAUCGAUUUGGUUGUGCGACACAUGUUUCUACCGCUCCACAAAUGUGGUCACUCCGUAGUUGCACUCGUUCGUGCUUUUGUUCGUUUCCAAAGCUUUUUUUUCAAGUUGGCAAGCUGGGCGCAGAAUCUGUGACUUAG